UGGACUUUUAACUUGUAAUCAUCCGGAUGUUGUUCUGACCGAUGCUACGUUAGCAACAGUCUUCAUGUUUGCAAAUCUUCGUUUGAUUUAGCGUAACAUAAGUGGUUUAAAAGCGGAUCAAAGCUGUUGUUGGUGUGAGCCAAACCAUGGCAGAUCCAGCCCGUGUAAAACCUGAAACUAGUUUCAAUGACACAAGCACCCCUGCCGAGAGGUCCAAAAAGAGCGAGGGUUCAGGUGAUGGUCCGGUGAGCGGCAGUACCUCCUCUAAACUCACUGCAGUCCAGACCAAUACAAAAGAAGACAAAACUAAGUCAGCUGAACAUACUGCUGCUGGUGAAGAAGAGGAAGACGGAUCUUCAUCUCUUAACCCCCCACCUGCUAAAAAACUAAAAGUGGAGCAAGACAAGAAGAAAGAGAAACGACAAAAGGUUGAUGAAGAUGAAAUACAAAAGAUGCAAGUUUUAGUAUCAUCGUUUUCUGAAGAACAGCUGAACCGUUAUGAGAUGUACAGACGUGCAGCUUUCCCGAAGGCUGCAAUUAAACGAUUAAUUCAGUCCAUCACAGGAUCAUCCGUUUCUCAGAAUGUGGUCAUCGCAAUGUCUGGGAUUUCAAAGGUGUUUGCUGGAGAGAUAGUUGAGGAAGCACUAGAUGUGUGUGAGAAGUGGGGAGACACGCCACCCCUGCAGCCCAAACACAUGAGAGAGGCUGUGAGGAGACUGAAGAGCAGAGAACAGGGUCCCAACUCGAAACACAAACGCAUCCUUUUCCACUGAGCGCCAGUCACACUCAUGACUCAAUGUCUCCAGUUUUGUUCAUAAAGUUCACAAAAUAUGUUUA